CAUAUGUAUUAUCUUUAUGUAUUGCGGUACAAUAGUUGAAGUGUGUUUCUCACCUUCAGCUGAUGUGUACUGAUAAUGAUGAUGAUGGUGGGAGGCAAAGCGGUGACUUGGUCAAGAGCAAUGAAGUCCAUCACUUCGAAGUUGUGUCGAUUGGUAUCUGCUGACUGCCGGGUUGGGGUCCGAAAAACGAUGAACACGUUUGGUUGGAUAGACUAGUUAACAUGACGAGGAGCCAACCUCAGUGGCGUUUGCGUUCUUUUCUAGAGUAGGAAUCCUUAUCCUUUCACACGAGCUUAUUACUUUUAAAGUUGGAAUCUCUGUUUCAUCGGAGAUUCAGAAGAUGAAGUCCUUAGGCGAGGAUUGGUUUUCCGUCGGUGAAGUCUACUUUAGAUUUCUGCAUCUUUAUGAUAUGCCAUGGGGUACUGGCUUUUCAUUCAGACAAUUCAAAGUGGCUAUAGGCGAAAAUUGCGGUUAUAUUGCCAUGUUGCUAGAUGCACAAGCGGGAUGUAAACCCGUUCUUCAAAUAUUCACAGCAUCGGGAAGGCUGGUUUCUCAACAGCUAUGGAAGGACUCUCCUCCAGUGGCAUUGUGUUGGAGUAACUCAGAAGAGUUGUUAGUCGUUCAAAAGAGUGGAUUCGUUUCUAUCUCGGAUUUAUCGGGCAACUAUGUUCGCCGUUUCAGCAUGGGAUCUGAAGCCGAAGAACGCGAGAUUUUGGAUGCUCGAUUCUUCCUUCUGCAUACACAUACCGGCGUUGCUGUGCUGACCACUGGCAAUCAGAUAUUCGUUGCUUCCAGCAUAGAAACUCCGCGAAUUCGACGUGUGGCUCAUUUUUCCGGACCCGUGCAACCUAUCUCUUUGUGGGAAAUAGUCACAACUCCCCUGGACAUAUCUGGUCGAGCUGGAUCUAAUCCAGACGAUUUUCAACCUCCAUGGGUGCUUUUCUCACGGAAAAGGUCGAUUUUCAGGGCAGACUUUAAUACCAUGGAAAACGUUGAUCUUCCUGCUCUCAGCCAAUUUGCCCAUUCGGAGAUUAAGCUCAUGAAAGUUUCCUCCAAUAUGAAGUUCGUCUCUAUCUACUUCGACAAUGGCAUAUUACUUGUCACAAAUCUUCGCAUGUCCGAGAUACACUCACAAGUCGAUUUAACCCAACGCGUUUCAGUCAUGUUACUCUCUCCAGAGACAGACGUGCGUUCUCAGUCUGCCGAAAAGUUAAGUCAUCCACGAACCAUGCUCUGGUGCACUAGUUCAGCGGUGGUGCUACAAUGGGAUCAUGUAUUGGCCUUGAUCGGUGCUCAUGGAGACAUUUACGAGUCUUUUUUUGCAGAUGAUAUAUAUCUUACGUUUGAGUUGGACUCUGUACGCAUUCUCACGCCAACGGCCCACAAGCUUCUGCAACGUGUUCCACCCGCCCUGGAGGCUUUGGGUCGCAUCGGCGCCUCCUGUCCAGCCACUUGGCUUGUUUCGGCCAAUGCUAGCUUGAAAGCUGGUUCCGGUCGCGCCAAUGACUAUUUGCUUCCGAUUCAAAGUUCACGCCAAAUGCUCGAGGGUAUCUCACACUGUUUAGAGGCCGCCAGUCAUGCGGUACUUGAUACGGAAUGUCAGCAAAGCCUUCUGGAAGCGGCCCAUAUGGGUCUCAUUUUCCUUUCCGCAUUGUUCACCGACUCCAACGAUCAACCUGUAGAAGGAGAAUUGGAGAAACUAGGAGACCACGCUGCCCGUGUGUGCCGUUGGUUGCGACUUCUAAACAACCUAGCCGUGCCGUGGAUAGGGCUCGCGCUCACUUGGUUCCAGUUCCAAAAACUAGGACCGAAAAAAUUGUUGGAACGGCUUCUGGCCCGAAAACACUACCCGAUGGCGGUGGAAUUUGUGCGGACUAUGCCCAAAUCAGUGCCGCCUCAGGCUCCGCAAACGUCUGGAAAAGCGAUCCCUUCUGUGGAUGAAUUAACCAUCAAUCUUACACGCGUUCUGGCCCACUGGGCUUGCUACAGUACUGUCGCCAGUUCCGAGGACUCGGCUUUGAUCAGCGAACAUUUAGCUCAGAUUGUCUCGACCAUACUCAGCACUAAUACUCGACACAAAGGAGACUCGUCUGGGGCGUGUCGUACUGUAGAUUUCGCCGAAGUGGCCAAUCAAGCACUCGCAGCCUCUCGUGAGAAAGUGGCCGAGCAGUUGUUGGAAUACGAGGCUAGGGCUUGGCACCAAGUUCCCUUAUUGCUCAAAUUGGGUCGAUACAAACGGGCAUUGGUUAAAGCUGUGGAGACUGGUAAUCCUGAACUGAUCACCGUUGUGGUAGUGGCUUUACAAGACAAAGCGAAGCUACCUCCAGCUGAUUUGGCCAUGGUGCUACGUAAACAUCCGAUGGCGAUGGCAAUUUAUCACGAGACCUUCGGACGUGGAUCCAACGUUGGGGACAACGAUCUGUCGAGUGCCAUCGUUAACUUCGAUCAAGAGGAUGACCGAGCUUCGGAAGCUAGAAAGGCUAUUGUAGCGGCUUACAAAGAGACGAACUUGCAACUGCGUCUCAACUCAAUGCAGCGAGCGGAAGAAAUUUACAAACAGCUGAAGAAUGAAUUUAUGUCCCAAGAGUGCAGUGCUGCGAUCCGCUUGCUUCGGUUUCAAAGCAAACUAGAGAAACAGGAGGUUCGUGCACCCGUUCUUGAGUUCCUUGCUGCCUGUGCGUCAGCCGACGUCAAUUUUCCCUCCGAGUCGCCACUUAUCUUGCCCUCUGUCGUUCCGAGUGGAGUAGAGGAGAAGCAGUGGGUUGGACAACCACUGAACACCACUUUAGCCCGCCUUUUGGCCACUCCUCAGCUAGAGCGAUAUGCGGAUCAGCUGCGCCGGGAGUUUCGUGUGUCAGAGAAACGUUACGCCCAUCUGCGUCUUAUCGGUCUGGCUAUUCAAAAUGAUUGUUUACCAGAGGUGGAAAAAUUGGCUAAACUCAAGAAACCACCAGUCAGCAUCGAGACGCUUACUAGAGUGUGUAUCGACUGCAAUCACUUUGAAGAAGCGCAAAAGCUCAUUCCGCGUUUACCACCGGAACGUCGGGUCCGAUUUUUGCUUCACUGCGGCCAACUCGAAGAAGCUAUAGCCGUCGCAGCAAGAGAAAAGUCCGACACUGAUCUAUGUCUCAUAUGGGACAGAGUUGGAAAGGAUAACCGCACCGUGCGUGAUCGCAUCGCCCUCCUACGGCAACAAAUUCGCACUUGAUCUCAUCUGUUAUCCUAAUUAACUGUACAGAUGCCCGCCCUGUGAUUUCUGCUUUUGUGACUUCGAAUGUAGUGACCUAUAUUCAGCUGCAUUCCUCAAACCCACUCAUCGGAUCCCUGCUGCAUUGGGUUUGUGACAAUAUAAUUUUUGACACA